AUGCUCGAGUACUCGGAUCCCACCUCGCCGCCUGCCAACAACAAGCAGUUUCGCCGCAACUACCGUGCGUGCUUGAACUGCCGUGUCCGCAAGGUCAAGUGUGACUUGGGCCCCGUAGACAACCCCCGUGAUGGCAAGUGUGCCCGAUGCCAGAGAGAACGCAAAGAUUGCGUGUUUGUCGAGUCGAAACGGGGAGGCAUGGGCAACGUCACCAUCGGCAGACAGAAGAGAAAGCGUGAGGACGAGGCCGGCGACGGCUUCAGUCCCAAGAGCCCUACUCCCGAGUUGGCUCCUAGCCCAGAACCCCCAGUCAAGCGUGAGUCCGGCCACACCCUGGCGCCCAGUACCACCCAGGCUCGGCCAGUACCGCUCGCUGCGUCGCAGCAGCGCCUUCCGUCAGUGACCAAUAUCCUCAACCAGGCCCAGCAAACCCACCAGACCCACCAGAACCAGCUCGACCAACGCGUCACUCCUGACCUGAAGCAGUCGCCCAGCAACCACUUCUCCACCAUGGAGGGUGCGUUGGUAUUUUUGGCCAAGGCUGCGGGUACCAUCGCCAAAGCAGACGAACGAGACAACAUAGACGCCAGAGCGAAACACGAACAAUUGGAGGCUCAGGAAAAACCGGCAUCCACACCAGAUCCAGCACGGCUGUCAACGUUGUCUUCUGUGCCACCACCAGCGCCAGCACCCUCGUUCAGGCCGUCCCAUGUCCCUCCCUACAUGAAGCCAGGCCACCAGGGCAAGCGGAUGACGAUGCCAGCAGCCGAAAAUGGGUUUGCAGUCCGUCCCAAAGGCUCCAAUAAGUUGUCCAGCAUCGAAUACAUUGGCGAGCCUAACGGUAUCUUGUCGGAGGCCGAAGCCGAGCGAUUGAUCCAUUUGUUCUUCACCACCAUGCACCCGUUCUUCCCUCACAUCCCCCAGUUCUUGCACUCGCCCAAGGUGCUCUCUGCGUACCCCAUUUUACUCUGUACUAUCCUAACCAUCUCGUCACGAUACCACCCAUUCGAGAAUAACGUGGGUGUCAACGGAGGCGUUCCUCGUAAUAUCGAAGUGCACGAUCGCUUGUGGUUGUAUGUGCAGCGGUUGAUAUCCCAGACGGUGUGGGCAGAAGCCAGCACCAGAUCCAUCGGAACGAUUUUCGCCUUUUUCUUAUUCACAGAAUGGAACCCCAGGGCAAUCCAUUGGAGAUGGAGCGACUAUGCCAAUAAGGCAGAGGAAGCCAACGACGAGGGAAUGUAUGCUGGCGCCGGUGCUGCCUCCAAUGGGACAGGAUUGAAUGGCUCGAACAACCCGGGAAAAGAAUCGGACAGUGAGCCAAACUUAGCUGGGCUUGGUGCCAUGAGAAGAAGUUAUCGUAUGGCCUGGAUGUUGAUCGGGUCAGCAGUAAGGUUGGCUCAAGAUAUGGGGUUCAUGGAAAUCAGCUCCAAAACGUUUUUGGCAAGUCACAUUGCCGAAAUCAACUCGGUCAUGAAUAUCAGUAGAAGGUCGAUGUUGGCACACUCGUUAUCGGAGGUAGAUUUGGACGAAGAUGAAAUAUCGGAGGAGGACAUGGAGAACGUGGAAGAUGACGAUGACAGAAUCAUGAAGAUGACUGAAGAUGACUUGAAAAGAAUUGCCAGUGAACAUAUAUUGAAGUUUACCCUUUCGCAAAAGGCUCAAAUCGAAUUGCUCCAAAUCAUGUCUUUGGGACAUGAGUCGUUGUAUGGUUACAGAGCCCAAUUGGGAGGACUUACCCAGAGGCAAAACCUAUCAGUUUUGAGUAUUAUUAGUCCAUUGAUCAACAACUGGGGUAGAAAGUAUAAGCACUUCUUGAAGCCUGUGAACUAUAACAAAUUAAGAAACAUAUCCAACAACUACUGGUUGCAACCUAACUCCAAGACCGCCAAAGAAAUUGCAGAAUUGAUUGAGCAAGAAUCCUUUGUGUUUGAGUUCAAUUACGUCAAGUUAUACAUUUAUUCUUUGGCUUUGAGUCCUACGCCCAAGGUGGAGGGAGAUAAAAAGAAUAAAAGAAAAUCUGGCAAAGCGACCUUGAAGUUGGAUGAAAUGUCGAAGUCCGCCAAAUACAUUGAACAGGCUUUCAAUGCUGCCAAUGAGAUGUUAUUGGUAGCUCAUAGAAUCCAUAAGUUGAAGCUAUUGAGAUACAUGCCUGUUAGAUGGUUGACCAGAAUGGUUCGUGCCGUUGCAUUUAUUGUUAAAUGUUAUCUUACAAUCACAGCCCAUAAGAAGUCUUCCAAAUCAACCACAAAUUUACUUAAUAGCUCUAUUGACGAUUUUGAUUCCACCAUCUUGUCUUUGUCAUUAAUUACCAUAGAUGAGAUUAUUUCCAGUAUUCAAAGAGCAGCUAUUACUUUGAGGGAUUGCUCGCCUGAUGAAUUGCAUUUAUGUACCAGAUACUCGAAUGUGUUGAUGUUCCUUUGUUCUGAGAUGAAGACUACUGCCAAGACCUUCCAAGACGAGGAAGACGAUAUGAACUACAAGAGAAGAAACUUCCCAGUCAAUCUUUCAAACAACGUUUAUGCAUCCGAGCCACAAUCGAACUAUGAAAACACACCCCAGCCCAAAGAGCCAGUCUAUGCUUCUAAUUUGGAGUCUGUUCCAUUCAUGGACCAUAGAGAUAGUAGCACCAGUGAGAAUAUCACUCCGUCAGAUCAAAGAAGUCCUUUGCUUGGUGACAAUGAAGUCAUGGACUGGUUUAUGAAUAACCGAAACGUCGGUUUAGACUUCGUUGGACCCUGGACCGAGAUGAUCGAACAACAAUUGAACUUGAACGACCAGUUCAACUUCGAAGAUGCACUAUAG